AUGAAGCACGAGAAGGACGAGUUUCGUAAGAUGGUGCUCAAUGGUCGACAACUUGCUUUAAAGAUAUCCGCGAACUCGGUUUAUGGUUUCACUGGGGCAGUUGUUGGUAAACUACCUUGUCUGGAGAUUUCUCAGUCAGUGACCGCCUUCGGAAGGCAAAUGAUUGACUUGACAAAAAGUGAGGUUGAGAAGCGGUACACAGCUGGAGCAUUGGACGGAAAAUGCCCUACAGACGCUCAGGUAAUUUAUGGAGACACAGAUUCUGUGAUGGUCAAGUUCGGAGUCAAAACUGUAGCUGAAGCUAUGGAAAUAGGUUUACAUGCGGCAACGGAAGUAAGCAAAAUAUUUACCCCACCUAUCAAGUUGGAGUUUGAAAAAGUUUACUUUCCAUACUUACUCAUUAACAAGAAGAGGUAUGCCGGUCUUUAUUUCACGAAGCCAGAUAAGCACGAUAAAAUGGAUUGUAAGGGACUGGAAACCGUGCGACGUGACAAUUGUCCUUUAGUGGCGAAAGUGCUGAACACAUGCUUAGAGAAACUCCUUAUUGCACGAGAUGCGACUUCAGCUUUAGAAUUUGCGAAACGGGUCAUAUCAGAUUUACUUUGUAAUAAGAUCGACAUCUCGCUGCUAAUCAUCAGCAAAGAAUUAACGAAGUCUGGAGAC